AUGAGCAACCGGAGACCGCCCAAGAGAGCACUGGUUCAAGUUGAUGAUGAUGAUGAAGAAGAUAAGUUUUACAAACUCAAGAUUCUCUUACCAAACGGCACAAAUGUGACACUCACACUUAAUAACCCACAACCUGAAAUGUCGAUAAGGAAUUUCGUUAAUCUGGUGAAAGAGGAGUAUGAGAAAACUCGGAAGAGCUGUGUGUUGUCAGGAAAGAUGAGGAAACGUAUUGAUUGGAAUCUGGCUGCUGAAUCUUAUCUUGACUUUAACGGUGAGAAGAUUAUAGGAAUGGUUCGACUUGAGACUUUUAAGCCUGAUUCGUGCAAUAUACUACGUCUUGAUGACGGGUCUGGUGAAGCUACCACUAUGUAUGAGAAUAUGUGGGAUUUGACUCCUGAUACUGAUAUGCUGAAAGAACUACCUGAAAAUUAUAGCUUUGAGACAGCUCUUGCGGAUCUGAUUGAUAAUUCUUUGCAAGCUGUGUGGUCUUGUUCCCCUGGUAACAGAAGACUGAUUAGUGUGGAUGUUCUCGAAGAUCGGAUUUCAGUCUUUGAUUCUGGUCCUGGAAUGGACAGUAGCAAGGAAAACUCUAUUGCUAAGUGGGGAAAAAUAGGAGCUUCAAUUCACAGGUCCUCCAAAUCCAAAGCUAUUGGAGGCAAACCACCAUACCUUAUGCCAUUCUUUGGGAUGUUUGGAUAUGGAGGUGCAUACGCGUGUAUGCAUUUGGGAAGGCGUACUUUAGUGUCGUCGAAGACGAAACAGUCCAAGAAAGUAUUCACCCUGCAACUCAACAAAGAAGCUUUGAUUGACAAUCGUUCUACCUCCGGAAAGAACUGGAAGGUCGACGGUGGAAUGAGGGAUCCUUUGGACGAGGAAAUGAAGUUAUCUCCUCAUGGAAGCUUCACAAAGGUUGAGAUUUUUGAAUGGAAAUGUAAGAUCCCAGAGAUAUAUCAACUUCAGUGCAGACUUAAGGAUAUUUAUUUUCCUUACAUCCAGUAUGAUGAAGUAUCUAAAACGGGAAGGACUCUGAGGCCUGUUGAGUUUCAGGUUCAUGGAGAGGAUUUAACUGAGAUAGUGGGUGGAGAGGUUGCCACCACCAACCUAAACUCCAAGGGUGAAGAGUUUUGGUUUCAGAUUCGUAUCUACGAAAAAAGAAAAGGGACAUCACAAGAGGCAAACGCUCGUCUCAAGUUUGUAUAUUUUCCAAUCGUCCAUGGAAAAGAGAGCACUGAUAUAAUUAUGGAAAGCUUAGAGAAGGAAGGAUACAAAGUUUCUGAAAGCUUCCAAACUUUUGGUCGUGUUUCAGUAAGAAGGCUUGGCCGUCUACUCCCAGAAGUUCCUUGGGCAUCAAUUCCGUUCAUGGAAAGAGGAGCCAGAGCCUCUACUCUGCAGAAAUGUUGCCAAAGAGUGAAAUGUUUUGUCGAUUUGGAUGCUGGUUUUGUCCCAACACCCUCAAAGACUGAUCUUUCAAGCCAAAACCUAUUCUCUGUGGCUCUGAAAAACUUUGGUAAUAAAUCCAAGGAGAAGGAUAACGAUGUUAGUAUGGUGAUUCAUAGAGAAGGAACAAGUUUGACUUAUGGGCAAGUGGAGCAGAGUUAUCAUGAUUGGGUUCUUAAGAUGCAUAAGUCAUAUGAUGAAGAAGAUGCCAUGGGUGAAGAUGAAGCAACCGUUAUAUUUGAUUCUUUGGAUAAGAAAGCUCUUUGCAUUUCUCAUGAUUGUGAAGCUGUGAGGGUGCACAAGGUAAUGAAGAGAAAAGGGAAGUCAUGGGAACGUGGACAGAAGAUCAAGAUUAUGAAAGGAGCAUGUGGAGGAGUUCACAAGAACGAUGUCUAUGCAACAAUUGACUAUUUCCUUAUAGAAAACUUUGAGGAUGAAACAGGAGGUAAAGUUAACUGUCUCUACUACAAAUGAGUAUCGUGCUUUUUGUAGUCGUUGUGGAU